UUUUUUCCUUCCAAUGGCCAAGAAUUCCCUGGUAUCAACUACUCUUUCCCUAUUGCCCAUGUAAGUCCUAGGCUUGAGAAGAGAGGUGGUUGCUGAUGUGUGGAAGUGUACAGCAGUGGCUGUACUGAGUAAAGCCAAAACCCUUUUUAGCCUGGUUUUUGGCUCCUGAGAGUGACCAGCAGCACAAGAGCGAGCAAGUGCCACUCACACAGGGCCAGCAGCUGAGACCAAAGGAUCUGUAUCUUCCUCGUGGGUGGUUUCUAUUGUUAUUUCUUGUCUCUUUGCAACCCUUCUCAGUGUUGUAAUACAGGUCAGGAUCUUGCUGCCCGUUGGAUAUCAGCUGGUGGGGGAUGGAGCAUGGGGAGAACCAAGCUGACAGGUCUUUAAAAAGACAACUUCAUAUUGUCAUUUCUCAUACAGCUUUCAAAUAUUGAAGAGAUAGGGAAGAAAUUAGUUAUGCAAGGACAGAAGAGGAUAUUUUGUAUACCAAAGGAAACUCAAACAUGCUGAAGGUGGCUUUAGACUUAAGCCUGAAGCUGGAAUUUUGGCUUCUUGGAGAAACAGUAGAAAAUGCAAAACGAAAUAAUAAAGCCUGCUAAAUACUUCUCAGAAGUGGAGAAGAGUGUGCUGCUUGCAUUAGUUGAAAAAUACAAAUACGUGCUUGAAUGUAAAAAAAGCGAUGCGAGAACUAUUGCCCUGAAACAACGCACCUGGCAAGCACUAGCUCAUGAAUAUAAUUCACAGCCCAGUGUGUCACUGCGAGACUUCAAACAGUUAAAGAAAUGCUGGGAAAACAUCAAGGCACGGACAAAAAAGAUAAUGGCACAUGAAAGGCGGGAGAAGGUAAAAAGAAGUAUUAGUCCACUUAUAAACACUCACAUCGUAGGGAAAGAGAAGAUUGCCAGCAUAAUGCCUGAGCAAAUGUACUUUUUGCAGAGCCCACCAGAAGAAGACUCUGAAUAUCAGCCUGAUGCUUCUAGUCAAGAGUCAUUUGUUGUUUCAAACAGAGAACUCUGUGAUGAAGACAAAGAGCUGGUACAUUUUCCUGUAUGUGAAGGUACCUCCCAACCYGAGCCUUCGUGUUCUGAUGUCAGAAUAGCAGCAGAUAAGAACUACAGAAGUAAAGCAUCUCAGGAAAGUGCUCUGAAAAAGAUGCAUGAGGAAGAACAUCAUCAGCAAAUGUCAAUUUUGCAACUGCAGUUAAUCCAAAUGAAUGAAGUUCAUGUGGCAAAGAUACAGCAAAUAGAAAGAGAGUGUGAGAUGGCUGAAGAAGAGCACAGGAUAAAAAUGGAAGUGYUAAAUAAAAAGAAAAUGUAUUGGGAAAGAAAACUGCAGACCAUUACAAAAGAAUGGCCUGUAUCAUCCUWUAACAGACCCUUUCCUAAUUCACCUUAGAACACAGAAGGGCAGAGAGUCAGUCUGAUGGAGCACAUUUAUGAGUAACACGCACUGGAACGAGGCUUUUCUACUGUGAAUGUACAGUAACAGGAYUGGUGCCUGGCUGAUAGUGAGCACACUAUGACUCUUAAUGUUUAGGGAAGCAGUGGUAUAGUCCACCAAGAGGARAACUCUGUUGUUCAUUUGUAGGUAGUUCUGAUUUGUUUAUCUCACAGACAUGCACAGUGUUCUAAAAUGUGAACAUAUUUUCCCCUCUCAGAACACACUUGAUCCUUGUGAAAGUUAAGGUACUCUGGGUAUUCUUACAUUGGGUGUUCCUAAGAAAACCUAACAGCUUUAAACAUUGGGCUGUAGUGUUUGUUUUGAUUUCYGUCUCUUCCUAUCUACCAUUUCCCAAAUAAAGGCAAGGGUUGGAGUGGCUCUCUGCUAUUGAGACAAAAGAUGAUUGACAAUUAUGAGYUGGAUCAUUAUGCUGAGGCUUAGGGAAAAUAAACUAGUUCAUAUAGUCUAUAACUUAUUCUUCGUAGAAAAUGUGAAAAUGAAGGAAGUAGCAAGAGGGCCACUGUAGUAAAAGCCCUUUCCUUCUGAAAAACAGUGGUAUUUCCCAGCUGGCUGGCUGAUUGAGAGAAUUGUUGUGGAUUGGCCUCCAGUUGUUUGAGCCUUGACACCUGAGAAGUUAAAAUGAAAGUAAUGACUUCCUCAAAGGCCACUGUGUUUGUUCUUUCAAUUCCAGGCCUAUCUUGUAUUGAAAUACAAUACUGAAACAGGAGGGUCCAAGGCUGCCGCCAGCRCUGUGUGCUGUUCACCUGGAGUCAUUCUGAGGGGAAAAGCUUUGUAACAAUUCAUAACGCCCUCAAAAUGCAGUGAGCCAGCCAGUCCAUUGGCAAAGUCUCCCUCUAUCUUCCUAUGCAAUACUUGGUGGUGUAGCAGCUGGCUUGAGUAUCUCUCUUUAGCYAGAAGAGGAGACUAAGUCUCACCCUCUUUUCCUUCUCGUAGGGUGGGAGGCAGUUCAAGGGAAUCAUUCCUGUCUCAAAGCACUGUUCUGUUCUGUUGUGUUCUGUCCUGUGCAUUAUGGUGGUGUGUUCCUUACCUUUGCUCUCAGUGAGGGGUGAUGGACGUGAUUUGUAUGAAGGCAUUCACAUGAAGGUCCCCAUAGRUUUUUGGACAUCCAAAAGAGGAGAUGGUAGGAAAGCACAAAUAAAGAUAAUCCUUACCCUGGCAAUCAUUUAUUCCAAAUGGGGYAAAAGUAAAGAAAGUGUGAAAUGCAGAACCCUACAAGGAUUUGUAAGGACUUCUGGUGUGUGAAAACCUGUUUUACAGGAAGGUGUACAACCAUCRUUUGAAGCAGUGAGAAAAAUGAACAAACCCAUAAAUUUUCAUUGAAAAAUCUUGAGUAUCACAUUAUCCAAUAAAGUAUUUUCAGAUCACAACUCACGAGGGCAAGUCCAUAGUGUGAGCAAUGUAUUCAGAGUAUGUUACAAYGCCUACAUUCCCAGUUGCACUCCUGUCUUUCCUUGGAUGGUCUUUCUAGUGGAUUGAGUUCCUUUUGGCUUUGUUUUGGAUUGAGUAGGGUUGUGUGUGUCUGUGUGUGUGUGUUUCCUUUUUCUGACCUGCUUUCACUGCUGGUGAUUCAUGUUUUCAAGCACUGCCAUUACCAAYCACAGGACUCGCUGUGGUCAACGCUGUGGUACCUCUGUUACUUCCUGAAAUGUGCCAACACCAGCACUCACAAUGGGAGCUAUUUAUAACAACUCUUUAUAUGACAGAGAAAAAAAUAUGCUGAGCUGCUGCAAGAUAAAAAAAUAGGUCCUGGAUGAAAUCUGAAGACAGAUCUUUCUGACCGCAAACUCAAUAUUCUUAUAAAUUGGUUGUAUGAAGGAAGCACGGGAUUUCCAAAGAAGGAUAUUUUUAUGGGUACUUUUUUUUCCUCUGCUAAGUGGAAACACUUUUGGAUGGUACAAUAACAGUAGAGGCAAAAGAAAAAUAAACAGAAGUGAGGACCUUUUUGUUCUGAGAUUGCAUUCUGUGGUGUGGAAGACAAGUCAGUUAUUUGAUUGGUUGAGAUAAUUUUUCAGGCACCAUCCCGAAAAGAAUAGGGAAGACAUUUGUCUUAACCAAUGAUGGGAUUCCUUCUGCACUGGUUCAAAGUCAAAGUAAUUUGAAACUCUGGAAUGGAAACCAGGUGUUAAAAGGUGAUGAAUGGAAGCAGUUUCAACACUGUGAAGAAGGCAAGAAUAGACACAACCCAGGUCUAGAUAGCCUUGUGGAAAUURGGAAAUGGUCCGAAAGGAUCUCACAAAAUGUGAGAUAAGGUUAGCUUGAAUUCCUGGAAGAUAUACCACUGCCAAUAAAGGAUUGCUUUAUUUUUAUGUUUAAAAAUCCUUUCAAAUAAUUAUGUUUUCAAACUGUACUAAGUGGGCAAUGCCUUGCUUCUYGGUAUAUUUUUCUUAUUCUGAGAGCAAAGUUCUUAGGCUGAACAAUGGACUCUUUGAAUUCUGGUUCUAUUUAAAAGAAAGAUCAAGAGAAACACCAGAAAGAGCCGAGAGGAAGAUAUGAAAGAAAGAAUGAUCAUUACAUGCAUAGGGGAAGAAUGGGAAUGUUACACCUAGCAUAAAUUAUACAAGAUGGUUUUGUGGUACARGCAAUAGAGGGUUCACAGGUGACACAGGCCCUUGCUUUCCCAUUUGUAGUUGAUUGUUGGUUGCUGUAAGAUUGGGUGAUAGACACAGAAAAAUGUAAAAGAUCUACAAGGGAAAGUWAUGUGUCUCCUUGCCAGGCUUCGGUGUUAUAAAGUGAUUGAUGUGUUAGAACUGAAAUUACCUGAGAAAUUAAAUGUACUUUUUUCGUUGCUGCAAUUACUUCCUCUGGCAUUAGGGUUUGUCUUUUCUUGUUCUUGACUGUUAAAUAAUAAUAGCAUCUCAGAAAAUAUGUCCAUUUGUUCCUCUCCUUUUUUCCCUAGCUCACAUCAUUCAAAUAUUUUUACAUAAUUGUGUUUUCCUGUUAAUCAUUUGGCCAAGUUAUAUAUGCGUACCCUCAAGGUUUWUCCAGAUGG